AUGCCGUGGCCUAACAAGGCGCGGGCGGAGCCAGCGAGGGGGCGACGGACUAACGGUACCAUUGCCUCCACCCCACGGCUACCUGGCGCACCAAAGGCGGGGGCCACUCGCUGCCAGUGGAAGUCGGGGGGGGCUCUCGACGACGACCGGGCGCCUCAGAACAUUUGUUAUCCCUGCAGGAAAGAAAGUGGAGACGCAGAGGGCGAGCUGUUGCUGGGCGGAACAGACAAGGCGUUGUACACCGGACUAAUCAACUGGCUCCCUGUGACUGCUAAGGGCUACUGGCAGAUCAAGAUGAACAGCGUGGUGGUGCAGGGUGUGAAUCCCUUCUGUCCUAACGGCUGUCAGGCCAUCGUUGACACUGGAACUUCUCUCAUCACUGGACCCACUGAUGACAUCCUGAGCAUCCAGCAGCUGAUCGGAGCCACGCCCACCAACAUCGGAGAGUUCAUCGUGGACUGUGCCAGGUUGUCCAGUUUUCCUCACGUCACAUUCGUCCUCGGAGGAAAGCAGUACACUCUGACAUCCGAGCAGUACAUCAGGAAGUUCAUCGUGGACUGUGCCAGGUUGUCCAGUUUUCCUCACGUCACAUUCGUCCUCGGAGGAAAGCAGUACACUCUGACAUCCGAGCAGUACAUCAGGAAG